CCCAGGCCACGCCCAAGCGCCGUUUGGCUCAAGAUGCUCUGCUAGUCUGGGGUUUGUUGCGUCUGGUGACCUGACUCUAAAGGGUUGUUCGCCCGGCUCUCGGGAAUCCGGGGGAUCUCCCCGAAAAUGACGGAGUCUUGCGCGCGGCGCUGGGCACCUCUCUGUCGCCCCGAGAGCCACUUCUCUUCUUGGUGUUCCGUUGGGAUCCUUUUAGGGGCCCUAGUGCUCCUGCUACCCAUGUCCUCCGAUGCCUGUGGUGAUCCACUAAGAUACGAAUCUAUGAAACUGAAGGGUGUCGCUCAACCCCGUUACAGCCCUGGUGCCACAGUAGAAUACGAGUGUCGUCUAGGCUACAUGCUCAAGAGACCUCCUCUUCCCACCUCUGCCCGCUGUCAGGCUAAUAACACAUGGACACCUCUCCAGGAGGCUUGUACCAGAAAAUCAUGUCCACAUCCAGGAGACCCCAUAAAUGGCAAAGUAGAAUAUGUUAAUGGAACUUUGACGUUUGGUUCACAGAUUCAUUAUUUUUGUAAUGAGGGUUUUAACUUAAUUGGAACUAAAAUUCUAUAUUGUGAACUUGUUGGAGAAACUGUGAACUGGAGUGACAAUCCCCCACUAUGUCAAGUGAUGUAUUGUAGACCACCUCCAAAAAUACAAAAUGGAAAACACAGCAGAAGCGACCAGGAGGAAUUUAGAUAUGGUGAGGUAGUAGUUUAUACUUGUGAUCCUUCAAAUGGACCGGAUGAAUAUUCACUUGUUGGAGAGAGCAGGCUUGUCUGUUCUGGGAAUGACGUAUGGAGUAGUAAGCCUCCUGAGUGUAAAGUGGUCAAGUGUGAACCUCCAGUACUCGAAAAUGGAAGAGUGGUGUCAGGAUUUGGAAAAAAAUUUUACUACAAAGCGACGGUUGUAUUUGACUGCUUACCGGGUUUUUACCUCAGUGGCAACAAUACAAUUGUCUGUGGCGCCAACAGUGCUUGGGAGCCUGCGAUCCCGACGUGCAUUAAAGGUACCAAACCUGCUGUUACAACCAAGCCGCCUCGGGUGUCGAGUUCUCCAGGACAUCCCAGUUGCAGUUUUGAAUCACCACUGCUUCAAAACAUGAAAACUUUAGGUGGAGGAAUUGUUGCUGUGAUUGUUGUUACUGAAGAGACUGAAAAAGGAAACAGCUCAGGCAGCACGUUAUACUCAGGUGAAGUAGAUCCCGCCUCUUCUGAGCCCUCACUGGCAGCGUCUCUCAAGUAAGCCAGUGGGAGAAGAGGAGGGACGCCACGCUGAUUCAGAUUACAUUUCUAAAGUUUGGUUUCACGCUGUUAUAUUUAGUAGCACAAAUUGGGCCGAAGAAACGUUGCCGAGAAGGAUAUGAGUUGGGGACUCAACAGUGGCCUGGAGUGAACAUUGUUUCACUCCUAAAGUCAUGUUAAUAACGCACUGCACGUGUUCCUUCCCUUUGUCAUCUCUGAUGAGGCACUUCAGGAAGAUAAGUUGGGGCAGAAGAAACAGGAAUUCUGAAUUCAAUAUAAAGCUGGAGGUUUACUGUGCCCAUUUUCACAUGCUCUUCAAGAAUGUAGCACUUGCUUAGAAGCAAGGCAUGGCUGUACUAUUUACUUUUUUAAAGCCAAACUGAGGCGCUUUUCAACCAAAGAUUGUUAUGCUUAUCAAAAUAAAUUGACUGGUAUACUAGUUUCGCUUCAAAUUUAGUUUUUUCAAUUUAAUAUAUCUAUAUGUGAAAUUGCUAUAUUUGUGAAGAUAUAAAUUAUGUUCUUUUUGUCAAUUACUUAACAAUAUAGGGAAACUAGUUUUCUUUUAUUUAAAUAACAGGGAAAGAAGCAUGUUUGAAUUUAAAAGAUUCUUAAAACUGCAAGAAUGAGUUUGAAGUGAAAUGAGAGUCCCAUGUAUAGAGUUCUUUAUUGUUCCCUUUUUGAAAAUUGGAUCUUCAAAUCUGGCAUAAAAUAAAAUGUAGGUUUGGAGAAGUUU